AUGAAUUUGUCCGAAACGCAUCCUGCAGAUGCGUCAGAUUUGUGGAACGACCUCGAGUCUCGCGGCUAUGGCAUGUACUACGAGAAGCUGCUCUUCUGCGAGCAGAAUCCGAUGAUCGUGAACUCGCACGGCGUCUGGGAGAGAAUGACCGAGCAGGUUUCGGGUCUGCAGGUCUGGCAGUAUUCGCUUCCGCUUCUCGAGAUUGCCUGCGUUUUGGUCCUCGUCCUUUGGCAGUUGUUCCAUUUCUCGUUCAAGAAGCUAGGCCUUCGGAUUCCCAAGUUCACCUCCAUGAUGCUCGCUGGAGCGGCCCUGAGCCAAGUGAGCCUUAUGAACGAUGGAUCGACUGUAAGGCAGAUGCUAUUCCCGGACGACCGUAGGCCUAAAGUCGCUGAGACGGUAGGAGCGUUCGCUUUCACGUUAUACUGGUUCCUUGAGGGCGUGAAAAUGGACUUUGGUAUGAUCAGCAGGCAAGGGCCGAAAGCCAUCGUGACGGGAAUCACCACCAUUAUUCUCCCCAUCAUGGUUGCUAACAUGGUUUUCGGGCAGAAACGUCAGGUAGGGACAGAAGCUCUGGACGCAAUGGAGAUCAGAGUGAUGAUAUUCAUGCAGAGCAUCUCGGCCUUCACGGGCAUUUCCAGACUGUUGAGAGAUCUCAAGAUCAACCACACCGAGUUUGGAAGGAUCGCUCUCUCGUCUGCAAUGGUGGCGGAUAUCGUCAGCUUCGCCAUCAACCUCUUGGCUCUGAUGAUGUGGACAGAAAAAGAUAAGAUAACGAAUGUGUACUGGCAGAUCGGGGGUGCCCUAGGGUUUAUCAUGGUGAUGAUAUGGGGUAUAAGACCGGCCAUGUUCAUGGUGAUCAGAAGAACACCCGAGGGAAGGCCUGUGAACAACGUCGUCGUCUACAGCAUCAUCUUGUUAGCUUUCUUGGCUUACAACUAUUUCGGAUUCUUGGAGUUGCUCCCAGCCAUGGGACCGUUCAUCGUGGGUUUAGCCAUUCCGCACGGCCCUCCCAUCGGAUCAAUGCUGGUCCAGAGGUUCGAAUGCAUCAACACCGGCAUUCUCUUGCCGCUUUUCGUGUUCUUCGGCAUGUUGCAGGUUGACGGGCCGUGGUUGAUCCGCCAGCUUCAGGGGUUAAGUGUCAUGCGAGGCCAAUUCUUCGAGGUCACGUCUCUUGUUUUCGUCAUAUUCACGGUCAAGUUCAUCGCCUCCACCAUCCCUCCGUUCUUUGCGAAAAUGCCUCUCAAGGAUUCCAUCAUUCUCGCUCUCAUUCUCACCAGUAAGGGAAUCAUCGAGCUCGCUUACUACAUGUAUGCAGUCGAAGUAAGAAUCAUUUCGCCAAAGACGUUCACAACAAUGACUGCAAUCAUUCUACUCUGCGCCUUGUUUCAGCCGAUCUUGAUAAAUUACCUCUACGACUCGUCGAAAAGAUUCGUAUGUUACCAGAAGAGGAACGUAAUGAGCCUCAAGUUCGGGUCGGAGGUUCGAGUUCUUGUCUGCAUUUACCAAUCCCACCACAUAACCUCUAUGAUCAAGCUUCUGGUAGGUUCCUUCACUUCGGGAGAGUUCACUCUCGCCUGCUUCGUGCUUCACCUGGUGGAGCUUGUCGGCCAAGACAAUCCCCUCUUCAUCUCUCAUAAGAUGCAGAAGCCGAAGCCCGGAAGCACUUCUCUCUCCGCCAAUGUCAUCGUCGCCUUCACAAACUUCAAGCAGAACUUCUGGAAAUCUGUGUCGGUAGAUUCCUUCACUUCGGUCUCCAUCCCAAGAUACAUGGACCAGGAGAUUGCUCAGCUCGCUCUCGAGAAAGUUACUUCCUUUAUACUCCUUCCUUUCCACCGGACAUGGUCCUACGACCAGACAACGCUUCUGUCCGACGACAACACCAUCCGGAACGUCAACCUAAACAUCCUACGGCGAGCGCCUUGCUCGGUCGGGAUCUUCGUUCACAGAGAAUACAUCAGACCAACGCCGAAGACCCAUCACCCGUCUCUCAAGAUUUGCGCCGUAUUCGUGGGAGGGAGGGACGAUAGGGAGGCAUUGGCGCUGGCCAAGCGGAUGGCGCAGAAACGGGAAGUGAGCCUGACGGUGCUGAGGCUGGUCCCGGCGAGCAUGGCGGGGAAAUGCACGGGCUGGGACCAGAUGCUGGACGCGGCCGAGCUGAGGGAAGUGGUGAUGAGGAACAAUAAUGGCGGGGACCAGGGCGAUCAGAGUGGCUGUGACGUGGAGUACAUGGAGGAGAGAGUGGCGGACGGAUCGGAGACAUCGAGGGUGCUCAUGUCGGCGGCCAAGUUCUACGAGCUGUUCGUGGUGGGAAGAGGCAGCGGUCUGAACAGCGAGGUGACGGCUGCGUUGGGCGAUUGGGUCGAGUUCGAGGAGCUGGGUGUGAUCGGCGACUUGUUGGUCUCGCGCGAUUUUCCGCACAAGGCGUCGGUCUUGGUGGUUCAACAGCAGCAAAAUGUAGCCGUUGGUUAG